AAGGAAAAAGAAAGAAGGGGAAGAGGAAAAUGAUUGACAAAUGUGGACCAGAAAAUGGAAGAAAGAAAAAACAUCUGGCUGAGUGACAAUUUUGGGUAAAUAUUGACUAAUUUCCAGCGAGUUUUCCGUUGUAAAACUUUUGUUCCUCCGCUUCUCAUAUAAUCCUCCAAAAUCAACAAACUCCGAAGAGAAAAUAGAAGAGAGAGAAGCCAAAGGGCCACAAUUGAUUUGCAGAGAAACCACUUUUCUGCAAAUCAAUUUCCCCAGAAGCACAAACCCUACGCCCUCGAUUCUCUCCCUCUUAAUGUCUGUUCCUCAAUCCCAAUCCCCCGACCUCUCCUCCGACGAAAAUGGCUUCCACCACGCCGACGACCUUCACGAAUCGGCCUUCGCCAGCCGCAGCUGCUGCCUCUGGCUCCCUUGCCUGAGGUCCAAUCCCUCGCAGGCCGGCUCCAUGUGGUGGGAGCGGAUCCGCACCUCCGAGCACGACGACGACUGGUGGCUCAGGGGCUGGAGGAGGAUCCGAGGAUGGUCCGAGAUCGUCGCCGGCCCCAAAUGGAAGACCUUCAUCCGUCAAUUCAACAAGAGCCCUCGCAAUCGCCAAUCCACCUUCCGCUACGACCCUCUCAGCUAUUCUCUCAAUUUCGAUGAAGGUCCCGUCCGCGACGAUCCUUUCUACGAAGACCAUAAGCGCCGCGAUUUCUCCACUCGCUUUGCUGCCAUGCCGUCAUCCGCUAAAUCCUCCAUGGACCUCGGCAAGGACGGACUCUCCUUCAUAUGAUAAAUCGAUGGAAACCGCAUGGGUCUGGACUAAUCUCGAUCAACUUGAUUGCCUCGCCAGAGCCGUCGACUGAACUACAGCGAUCCGGCGGAGGAGGAAAACGGAAGUUUACGGAUCUUGGGACCGUGGAAAUAUGAAUGGUGGGUUGAUUUGGAGCCAACGUUAAAAACAAAAAAAUAAAAAUAAAAAAAAACAAAAAAUAAAUCAGUAAUCAUUUUUUAUUCGUUUAUUCUUU